CUGCUGUGGCGAGCGACAAUGACGCGACGUCGAUCGCCUCUCAACUCUGGCAAAGAGCUCAUAUAAAUGCCGGGCAACGGCUCGGAGAUUCUAGUUGUCAUACAAGCCGGGAACCUCGAUAGAUAGAUAUAGCUGAUAUAGCCAUCGAGGAUACUAUUUGUAGCUAAUCAAUUAGCCAUAUAGAGAUUAGUUAAGUAAGGAUAUAUAGAUAUAUACUCCAGCUAGCUUAGUGUUGCAUGGACGCGAUAAGCAGCUUGAUGUUGCAGGGGGGCUGGAGGAAGGGCCCCUGGACUGAGCUGGAAGACAGGCUGCUGACCGAGUAUGUGCAGCAGCAGGGCGAAGGCAGCUGGAACUCCGUUGCCAAGCUCACUGGGCUGCGGCGGAGCGGGAAGAGCUGCCGGCUGCGGUGGGUGAACUACCUCCGGCCGGACCUGAAGCGGGGGAAGAUCACCCCCGACGAGGAGACCGUCAUCCUCCAGCUCCACGCCAUGCUUGGCAACAGGUGGUCGGCGAUCGCGCGGUGCCUGCCGGGGAGGACGGACAACGAGAUCAAGAACUACUGGCGGACGCACUUCAAGAAGGCCCGGCCAUCCAGGCGGGCGCGCGCGCAGCUGCUGCACCAGUACCAGCUUCAGCAGCAGCAGCAGCAUCGGCGAUACCUCCACCUGCUUCAGCAGCAGCAGAUGCAGCAAGUCAUGGAGCAGAACCAGCAGCAGAUUCUGCAGCAGCAGCAGCAGCAGCAACAACAGCAGGAGAAGCAGUUGCUGCAGAGUCCACAGGAGGAUGACCUGCAGGCAAUGCUGAUGAGCAUUGACAUCCAGGGGACGCCGACGGCGAACGAGUGCUACUGUCCAUGCCUGGUGACGUCGACGGCCACGACGCCCGAUGACGUCCUGGCCGCCUCCGUCGAUGAGGAUGAUGACGACGCGCUGUGGGACAGCCUCUGGCGGCUCGUUGACGGGGACGGCCGCUCCAGCGGAGGCGACUCCGGCGAGUACUAGUGUGUUUGCGUAUACUUAUUACAGUACUACAUACAAUGUGUAUGUGUUCUGUGUGUCCCAAUGUAAAGAAAGUGGAAGAUCGAGGAGGUGUAUAGCUGCCUUUGCUUGCAGGUUUCAGUGGCGGCAGUAGUGGUGCUUGCUUCACUUUAUUAACCUCUUCCUCUUCUUUAGCCUGUCACAAAAAGUUUCUGAAUUUGCAACAGCAAACAUGUAAUUUUGGUUUCGGUCGACAUACUUAACAUGGGUUCUCAAUCAA